CAACUUUCACACCAGCAGGAGAAUGUUGUUGGCUGGUACCACAGCCACCCAGGGUACGGAUGCUGGCUCUCCGGCAUCGAUGUUUCCACCCAGAUGAUCAACCAACAGGGACAGGACCCAUGGCUUGCCGUCGUUAUCGAUCCUGUGCGGACAAUGACGUCUGGGAAGGUGGAAAUUGGUGCAUUUCGCACAUAUCCUGAGGGCUACAAGCCGCCGGAUGAGGGCCCAUCGGAGUACCAGACCAUCCCCCUCAGCAAGAUAGAAGACUUUGGCGUGCAUGCCAAGCAAUACUACAGCCUUGACGUCUCAUUCUUCAAAUCCAGUCUGGAUUCACACAUUUUGGACCUGCUGUGGAAUAAAUACUGGGUAAACACCUUGUCAUCCUCCACGCUCAUUGGCAGCAGAGAUUUCGUGACUGGCCAGAUAUUUGACAUCGCAGAGAAGCUUGAGCAGGCAGAGAGCCAGGUGCAGCACAGGCUGAGCCGCUAUAUGGGGACCAUGGACAAGAAGAAGGAGGAGAGCCAGCUGGCAAAGUUAUGUCGCGACACGUCCAAAAUGGCGGUCGAGCAAGUGAAGGGACUGUCCGGGCAGGUCAUCAAGGACUUGCUGUUCAACUGCCGCCCUGAUGUAGAGGCACAAGAGGCUACAACACAGGACAUGGACAUCUCGGUGUGA